AUGGCGUGACGCAUCUACCUAUACUGUUUGAGCACUGUUCACUGCCCAUUCGGAGGCCCACAAUCGAAGAACAGAGUACGACCCAGCAGUGUGUGAGAUGCACACAUUCCAUCGCAAAUAACGAUGAACGAGAAGAGGAGAUGUUAAGCUGAGGCUGUCCAACCAUUGAAGAUAACUGAUAACCCCACCCACCAUAACCCUUCUGCAAGAAAUUAUUCCGACACGUGUCAGCCGUAUAUGCGGUCUCAUGGUCUCCUCCUCCAUACCCACCAACAUCUUUUCCUUUUUCUUGCUUUAUUGUUUGUCCAGGACAAGACUCUGAAGAAAGAGGGAAAAAUCUACUGUUUUUUCUCUCUUCUUUUCAAGAAUUCAGGUUGAGUGCCGGUAAAAGAAGAGAAUUUAUAAGAAAAACAGGAUCUUGUAGGCAAUAUUAUUACUAAAAAAUGGCUUCUGUGGCUGCUUCUUUGGGUUCAUCAACUUUAGUUCAGUCGAUUGGUGGGGGGCUUAAGGGCCAGAAGCCUUCUCUUUCAACUCCCAAUUCACUCACUUCUACCAGGAGAAAAUCCCGCUUUGUGGUGAAGGCAACUUCUCGGGUUGAUAAGUUCUCAAAAAGCGAUAUCAUUGUCUCUCCAUCUAUUCUUUCUGCCAAUUUUGCCAAGUUAGGGGAGCAGGUCAAAGCAGUGGAGUUGGCAGGUUGCGAUUGGAUUCAUGUUGAUGUGAUGGAUGGCCGGUUUGUUCCAAAUAUCACAAUUGGGCCCCUUGUAGUAGAUGCACUCCGCCCUGUAACAGAUCUGCCAUUGGAUGUGCAUUUGAUGAUUGUGGAACCUGAGCAGCGAGUCCCUGAUUUCAUAAAGGCUGGAGCUGACAUAGUUAGUGUUCACUGUGAACAAUCUUCAACCAUCCAUUUGCAUCGAACAGUGAAUCAAAUUAAGAGUCUGGGUGCUAAAGCUGGAGUUGUCUUGAACCCUGCAACACCAUUGAGUACCAUAGAGUAUGUUCUUGAUGUGGUUGAUCUGGUGCUAAUUAUGUCUGUAAACCCUGGAUUUGGUGGGCAAAGUUUCAUAGAGAGCCAAGUAAAGAAAAUCUCUGACUUGAGAAGAAUGUGUGCUGAGAAGGGAGUGAAUCCAUGGAUUGAGGUAGAUGGUGGGGUUGGUCCUAAGAAUGCUUAUAAGGUAAUUGAAGCUGGGGCCAAUGCAUUAGUUGCUGGUUCUGCUGUAUUUGGAGCUCCUGAUUAUAGUGAAGCCAUCAAAGGAAUCAAAACCAGCAAAAGGCCUAUCGCUGUUGCAGUAUAAACUUUCACCCAAUUAUCUUAUUUGGGUUCCCUUUGGGUUCAAUAAUCUGUAUUUCAAGAUAACAUGCAGAACCAUGUGGAGAGAUUCGAUGUUGUUGAUAUACCAUUACAGAAUUGAUUGUCUGGUUAAAUAAGUAUUAUUAGAAGACUGGUUUUACAACUGUUGUAAGAGUAAUGUCUGUAGCAUAAUCCUCAAGUGGAUUUUUUGUGUAAUAAAGAUCCUCAUAUUAUUUCCACUUCUAGAAGACAUCUAUUCAGGUACAUGUUUUAACAA